UAUUCAAAGAAAGAGAGAGUGAUUUGAGUAUUAUCUGUUUGUUUCUCGGGAAGAGGAGGCAUGAUAGCAUGUAUGUGAGGAUGGGAAGCAGAAACAGAAAAAAGUGUCCGCUUCUGGUUUCCACCAUUCAUUAGCUGUUAGCCUGUUAACAGGCCUUUCCUUCCAUGUUUCCUCAAGGCCUGCAAAAUUUUUGGUCCCCUUUUUAUUAUGUGAUGUAAUAUUAUCCAUUUGAAGCCCAUCCCCAAUUCAUUUGUCCCGUCCAAGUAAAAAAAGAAACGGUAAGAGCAUUUAGAUCGAGGGAACUUCUUCGAGGCAAGAUUCUUUGAACCCAUACUGAGAUGAGUAAAUCUCUAUACUUGUGCAUCGCACCUCUUGGAAGUUUUUCUAUAGAGGAUUAGGAUAUCUUGCUAAUAUUUUAACAGGAGAUGUGACCUCAAAGUGUUUACGAGAAGUUUCGAAGAAAUAAAAGUGUCACUUAGUAGAGCAAUUGGCAGUCUAUAACGAAGAAGAAAGCCAGCUCGAACGGUUACAGACUUGCAGCAAUUUGGAACAACUCAUUGCAAAUUGCAAUGCGUUACACUGACACACACACUAGGUACCACCACGUAACGCAACUCACCAAACCAUUCCCCCCCCCCCCCCCCCAAGCUCUGCAAAUGGACACCCUAACUGCAAUCCUACGGUCACCCUAUCUCUGUUUACUGUCUCUUUUUUCCUUAAUCUCCUCCUCGCCGUCCGAUCAAAAUCCAUAAGAAGACAAAAGAAGUCGGACAACAGAGAAAGUAACUGCUACUUCUUUGUAUGCUUGUGAAGGAGUUAGUUGUAACUGAUCAAUAGUAACUCUCUAUAUAAACUCCCACCACACGAGAAAGACCUGUACUGUACUUUUCCCUUCACCUACAUGAGUAUAGGCAAAUGUCUUGACUCUUAAGAAACCCCCCCCUCUCUCUAGUUUUUCUCUCUCUCUAAAAAGGAAUUCAUCGAAGAUGUGUGGGGGUGCAAUUCUCUCUGACUUCGUCCCACCCUCCUCUUUCCGGAAGUUGAGUGGAAAGGAACUCUGGUCUGAGCUUGACACUGACCUCCUUGGCUUGGAUUCUGAUGUCGGGAAAGACCAAUCAAACCAGUUUAAAAGCUUUCAUGUUGCCCCAAAACCGAUGAAAUCCGACAAAGAUGGUUUUGAAUUUGCAGUGAAAACGGAGAAGCCAAGCUUAGGGGAGGCUACGGAGAGCAAGAAGCAGAGAACUCGCAAAAAUGUUUACAGAGGAAUUCGGCAAAGGCCGUGGGGCAAGUGGGCGGCGGAGAUUAGGGACCCGCAAAAAGGUGCCCGAGUCUGGCUAGGCACGUUCAGCACAGCAGAAGAAGCUGCCCGAGCCUACGAUGAAGCCGCGAUUCAAAUCCGGGGAGAAAAAGCCAAGCUCAAUUUCUCCCACCCACGGCCUCAAUCUCAUGCUGCCGCUCCACCCGCUAAAAAGCUCUGCCCCGAACCUGCCAUGGAGUCCAGUCAAGCAUUUUAUCAAACACUUCCACCACAACCACAGCAGUUACUUCCACCACCGCCUUUUAUGGACUCUGAGUUCCAGAAUUUCCUUCCCAGUGAGACCCAGCUCGAAGAGAAAAUAUCUAGCCUUGAAUCUUUGCUACUGGGACUGGACCAACUCGAGUCCCCAGCACUUGAGACUAGCUCUUGCGAAAGCUACAGCGAAUCGUUGGAGGAUCUGUGGAUGCUCGACGAUGCGGACCAACAUCAACUUCGUUUCCCGUUUUAACCCAAUUAUGUAACCGAGCAGUAAUGGUCCUAAUAAGCUCUCUUAAUCUGGUAUAAGACUUCUGUUUAUGUCUUUUUAUAUAUAUAUUGCAUAAUAUAAAAGGCUCUAUGUUAUGUGGUCGCAUACUUGCAUGCAUCAUGUUUUUGUCGUGUUCUCUUGGGCUCGAGUUUGUUUCAACAUUCCAAGCCUUGGACGUCGCGUCGCGUCGGUGCCUGUAUCACAUUAUUAUUAAACAAGUAUUAAGGUAAUGAAC